AUGAGAAUGUUAGUGCCAACAAACUUGGCAAAGACAUUGUCGAGCUCAUCAAUGAAAUGGCUCCACCUGAUUCUACAACAAACCCACCUAAAUCAGCAGAACAAGAAGGUAAAAUUGUGGGAAUGGUUUCAGAAUAACUCAAAGGGAAAAGUGGCAGCUCAACAGCAUGCACAAGGCACUCAAGACCUCAAAGAGGUUGAAGUUUAUUCAAAACUUCACUACAAAUCAAAAGUCAAACCAUUAGUUUCUGAUGCACUCAAAAAGAAUCUUGUACAACCUACCCAGAGGCUUAGUGCAGUCUGGCAGCACACUACUGAUUGCUUUGCAGAUGAAUCAGAGGAGAUUAAGAAAGAAAUUUGGGAGGAGACUGCAUCUCAACGCUGCCAGAAGAUUGGGCAGUGUUGUUGGAGAGAAUCUGAGAACAAAAGAAGAAGUUUAUCACUGCCCAUGAUUCUAGGUCAAGUUUUUGAGGAACUCUCAGCAUUGACAGGUGGAUGGCACUAUAGUGUUGUCAUGGGUGGAGCUGACCCUCUGUGUGAAGGUGAUAUCAUGACAUUGAGCUACCACCAUGGUAAAACCGCAGAUGGUCUGAGCUUUGGGGCAUCUACACCAAACUUCCACAAACAGUAUCUAUUACCAUUUGAACAAUAUGUACCUUGGACACAUCCAUGGUGCUUCUUCACAGUGCACGCCAGCUCCCUCAUCCACCCCAAUCUCACCUUGUCUUCUACCUACUGA